ACCUAGCCGUAUGGCCUGCUGUCUCUGCCAAUUCAAAAAUAAUAUUGAGGUUGUCUGCAAGACAGUCAAGCUGCAUUGUGACAGUGAAUGUCUGACAAAUGCCACACAUUGUGGUGAGUCUGAAUUGCCUCAUGAUGAAGAAUUAUCUGUAAGGAACGCAGAAGGAUCAUUCAUGAAGGUAUUGAAAUCCCGGAAGAAGAGCACCAGUACUGAGCUGACGAUUGAGCCAGAGAAGGCAUCCUCAGACAAAAAUGGCGUCAGUUUAGCCUUUCUGAAUGAGCAGCUAGACUUUAAUGAUGAAAGUGAUGUUAUUAGUGCGCUGAAUUACAUAUUGCCUUAUUUCUCAGAGGGAAAUCUAGAAGAUGUAGAAUCAACGUUAUUACCAUUCAUUAAACUUCUGUUUUCAAAUGUGCAAGAUGGAGACAAGCCCAUGGGUCCCUUGACAAACAACACAGGGAACACUUCUCUUAAACCUGGACCCAACAAUUCAACUUACAAAAAUAAACUGAGGAAACUCUAUUCUCUAGAAAAUUUAUUAGAUGCAGAAAUUCAAGAAAAAAUUGAUGAGGUGAAAAAGAAAGAAAAAACUGCCAUGCUUAUACAUUCCGGCCUUUUCGGUCCCAAAUUCAAACGCCAAAUCUUUCCAAAGAAAUUGGAAACUACCCAAGCACAGGAAAAGAGCCUCGCCAAGGCUGAGAGUGUAGGGAAAAAGAUGCUGAGAGUAAAAAAGGUUAUCAAGGGCCCAAAGGGCCUAAAGAGAAGGCACUUCAAACAAGUGGGCAAUCAGAGAAACUGGCGGCAACAGAAUGCCCAGCCAUUUGUGGAGAAUAGGGCCAAAGAAAGAAGGGUCAGUAGACCGUCCCCAAGGGAGCUGGAGCAGCUUCACAUGGCGCAGAGGCCCAGGAAAUUAGUGGGAGACUCCUUCAAUACGGAGCCUUCGUUCAUAAAGGAGCACAAGGCAGCAGUCUCUUCGUUCGUGAAACAAUACUCCUUGGGCAGGCCUUCUGCCUCCACUGCUCCAAAAUCCCUACCUGAGGUGAAAAACAAAUCAAAAGACUUAACCUACACCAUUUUUGUUUUAGAGGAUGCAAAUGCUAGAGUUAGGAAUAUGAAGGCUUCUAAACCAGUCUCACAUUCCAGAAAAAAGUACCUCUUUCAUAAAACUCGCUCACGUGUGGUCCACAGAGCACCCAAGGCCAAGCUGAGUCGAAAAUUCAGAAAGAAAAGUCCUCUCAGUAAUAGGCUGAUGCUUGCAAAGAGGCCUCCAUUCUCUGCCAUCAGGAGCCUCAUAAAUUCCCCUUCACGGGAGGCUUUUUCAUCUUCAGGAGAACUAAGUUCUCAGGAAAAUCCCUUUCCAGAAUUAUUAACUCCUUCAGAGCCUUUUAGACAAAACACUACUGUAGAAAACAGUACUGCACAGAAUGUUUCUGAGAACCCUAUUUCUACAAGAAACAUGACUGUGCCAGAACAAACCCUCUUUGAACUCAGGAACCAUAAGAAUCUUUCCAGUGCAUAUUCUACAGCCACCACAGACAACUUUAUGCCAACUGUUAACCAAACCAAUGAAACACGAUGGAUAUACAACAGCACGGGCACUGAAUUGCCCCCGAAGCCCACAGGCUUCACUGUGUCGAAGCUUUCAGCUCCAGGUGACCUAUUUGAAAUUCAGCUAAACCAGCAGCUACGGUCCCUCGUCCCGAACAACGACGUGAGAAGGCUCAUUUCUCACGUUAUCCGGACUUUGAAAAUGGACUGCUCGGAGACCCACGUGCAACUGGCCUGUGCCAAGCUCAUCUCCAGAACAGGCCUCCUGAUGAAGCUUCUCAGUGAGCAGCAAGAAGUAAAGGUGUCCAAGGUAGAGUGGGAUACGGACCAAUGGAAGACUGAGAACUACAUCAAUGAGAGCACAGAAGUCCAGAGCAAACGGAAAGGGCAGGAGUCCAGUGAGCUCACAAAAGAAGUUCCAGGUUAUGGCUAUAACAACAAACUCAUCUUGGCAAUAUCUGUGACUGUAGUAGUGAUGAUUUUGAUUAUAGUUUUCUGUCUCAUUGAGGGGCUUCUUUCAAUCCCUGCUGCGGAAGAGAUGCUCAACAGAAAGUGAGAGUCAGGAGGGCUUUUUCUGGAGAAGGCGGCCACUUUGGCUUCGGGACAUGUACAGACCUCUCAACGCCACACGCAAGA